AUGAAAAAUCAGGAACAAAAGAAAAUACUGAAUGCGGUAGGCAUAGCGCUGAUUCUCUUUAUCGUAAGGUGCAGAGGAAGUAAAGACGCCUUUAGCGAAGAGGCAUCCACCAGUAUAGACCUAUGCAUAGAAGAAAUGAGUGCAAGGAGUGGCAUACCAGCCCAGCACAGUCAGGUGCUGCAGCCUGUGCCAGAGCCCACUAUUCUCGGGUGCUCUUCAAACCCAGCAUACAAUGUAUCUGGUGCACCUAGGCAGCAAGAAAGAAAAAAUGAAAUAUCCCGAUCCUUUGCCGAACAAUGGAUACGUAAUAUAAUCCAGAGCGGAUGCAAGCCUUUUGGAGCGCAGCUGAGAACAGAAGGACAGACUGUCAUAAGCAGGGUGUCUAGCGAACAAGACAUUUCUCGGGCUGUGCAGUCUAUGGGAAGAAAAAGAAAGGUAGGUACACCCACUUCUCCACCCGAGCAAAAGAGCAAGAAAAAGGAGCUGAAAAACCUGGAGAAUAGCCCCAGCAUGAAGAUAUGGAACGAAACAAGACUGACCACAAAAAGGAGAGAAAGGUAUAGAACACACCACCAGACAAUAUACAGAUACGAGUACACCAACUUUAACGACUAUCUGCAGCAGCAGGUAGAAGCUAGGCCCUACCAAGAGAUGAUCAGAGAAGAAGUAGAAAACUUUUCUGCAAAAGGCGCUUCUCUGAUAGAGAAGAAUCCCCUGUGGUACUUCAUCGCGAGCAGAACUACAAACAUAGCCACAAAACAGAAAGAUAUUUUCGGGCUGAGGGAGGUGCUCAAAGAUGGAGAAGAGAGCAAGUAUAAGAAGAUGCUGGUGGCUCUUGAGGGGUACUAUCCUGGAGUGUUUGAGGACAUGCUGGCGUACAUAGAAAAGCACAAGCCGCUGAGAGCCAGCAAGGAAUUCCCUCCCACUGUGUGGAAGGAGACCUUGGGAGACAUCUACAUCAGAAAGAGCCUCGAUCUCAACUACUACACGGUGAUAGACCAGAACAGAAUCAGCGAGAUAGAUGAGAAGUACUCUGCACUGGCCUAUGCGGUGCACAUGAUCCUCGCACUGCCCGAAGUCCAGCAAGACUUUUCCAGCAUUAGCACUGCAUUUAUAAAGGGUACGAGAAUCUCUGAAAUACCGUUUAGAAACGGGCAGUGCCACAAGAUCCUGCUGGCCAUACGCACACUGGCAAAGGAGGAGGCUAUGGAGGACAGUAAAAAAGUAGAGAGCAUAUACAAAAGCAUCCACAGCACUCUUGAGAGCAUAUACGAGAAGAAACCAGAAGAAGAGCUUGCGAUUUCCGAGAUGUACAAGAAAGUGUACAUUGUUCUUGCAGAGUUCUACGAGAGAGUAAAACUUUUCGAUGAAAAUGAGUAUAUAUUGGCGGGGAAGUGUGUUGUAAAGCACCAAAAGUACAUUAAAUGCACAGCAAAUCUUGUGCUGGCAGCAGACAAGUCUUCUAUACAGGAGUGCAGACAUGCACACUCCCUGGAGAUAUACAAGUGGGGCGUGUCAUCUGAUGUUAAAGAGCACUACCAUGUGUACUACGUGGACAACACAUGGCACCGGUGCAGAAGACUGUGCAUGCCUAUUUAUGUAUCUAGCAGUGGCGAAAAACUCUACAUACACACAAUUGAUGAGAUAGUAAAGUACGUAAAGACGCUGUAUGGGGUGGAAGACAGCUCCAAUGUCAUACACCCUUUCAGGGUAAAUAAACAGAGCAAAAAAUGGUCGUACAUUAAGGAAAAGGAAGAAAGAGAGCAGACGGUGAAAGAGUUUGUGGGGCACGAGGUAGUGUUCUAUCACAUCGAAGAAGAUCCAGAAAAAGCAAAGUUUACGUUUGCAGAGAUCAGGCCGCUGUAUCCCCAUGAUGAAAAUAGCAUUGACAUUCCUCUGUUCCUUGCGCCUCUGAUGCGCUCGGCUGUGGAUCUCGGGCCUUUUAAUAAGGAGGGCGAGCACAAAGAGGUAGACUCAAUAGAGUUCAAGGAUGUAACGGCCAGUGUGUACGAGUACAACAUCGACUACAAAGGGAGCCUGUACUCGUAUGUGCAGAAGUAUUACAGCGAUCUGUGCAUAGUGCCAGAUGAUGAAAAGGAUGAAACCCUUGACUGCUACAUCAUGGAGUGCAGAGCAUCUCCGGAGACAGGUAAUAGAGCUGAGGUUGUGUGGUACGUGAACGCGAUGAAUAAUGAAAAUGCGUACAUGCACUGUCUGCCUGACAGGUCUUUCAGAGAAAGAGGAAAGACGGGAAAGCUUAAAAUUUUUGUUGACGCACUAGAGUCAAGAGAGUACAGCAAGGACAGCGAUCUGCAGUGCGUUUGGCUGAAGAACAGAAAUGUGGGAAAAAGUGGACUGAAAAGCCCGGUAGAAAAGAUACACACUUGGUUUGUGAAAAGCCAGAAGGGUAAGCAGAAGAGCAGUGUUAUGGACAAGGAGAUAAUCAUGGAGAGGAUAAGAAAAGAAGAAGCGAGGUACAGGAGAGAAGACAGAAGGCUGGAUGCGCUGAGAGACCUAGAAGAAACGCCCAAGAUAAAAACAGAGAAGAUUGCAGCGAGCAAUGCAAAGAGCAAUGCCAAGACAAAUCUAAAGUUUGGACGCAAAAAACUGCGCGAUGCAAUGUCUGAAAGGCCAAACGAGGAGACAGAGCUCAUAGCGUUUCGGAACGUGAACGAGAGCAAGUCCCAUCUAGGAGCGCACAACGAAAUUCUUGACGUCUUAAUUACAUGGUACAACAGAUAG